CACUUUUCUCAUAAUAAAACAAAAAUUGUUUUUUUGAGCAUCAUCAAAAAUUAUCACUGUAACAGUAAAGCUUAAAACUAAAUAGAGAUAAGCUGAAAUACCUACAGCAGCGAUACAGAGAGACCGUGUUUCAAAUCAAUCCCAUUUCAAAAUAUAAAUUUUAUAAAUCAUUGUCAUUUCUUCUUCUUUAGUUAGUUCAUUUUGUUCCUUCUGUGUAUCAAACACGUCUUAUCCAACUGAAUCGAUCUAUUUAGAAUAGACUGAUCGUUUUACGACAAAUAGAAAUCGAAAAAGGCUAAAUUAAAUUUCUUUUUUCUGUUUUUUCUUCCCAUCUUUUUUACAGUCAAAAAAAAUCAUCAAUUCCACUUACGACACAGAUUCAAUAUCAAUCGUAUACUUAGCACAUCAUGAGUAGUGAUAUCAUAAAUGAAGCUAUGGAUCCAACUGGGAUGAUCACUGAAGUGUCUAAGGGUAGUAUCAGUUCUUCUAGUUCAAGUGCAACCAUUCUCAAUGAUGAAGAUUACUUAGAAAAACACAACCACAAUGAUCAAGACCACGAUCAUGAUCAUGAUCAUGAUGAUAGUGAAAAUAAUGAAGAUACAGGAUAUGUAUCAUCAUCAGCAUCAUCCUUCACAGGAUCAUCUAGUAAUGGUCCAAACUAUUUACAACGAAGUGAUUCCACCAAUUCUGUCGCUUAUAUCGAUUUAGGUAAACUUUUAUUCGUUAAUGAUUUUGAUUUUGGAUUAAAUUUAGAUACCGUAAGUGAUAAAACUAAACAAAAAUUCAAUGAUAUGAAAUUAAAAACGAAAGAAAAAUUCAAUAUGAGUCAAAGAUCAGUUGAAUUCAUUAAAUUACAAGAAAUAUUUCAAAAAAGAUUAGCUAAAUUCGAUGAAAGAGUUCAUAAAAAUUUAGAAUCUUCCAGUACAGAGAAAUUAUUCUAUGCUAUAGCGUUGUUUUUAAUCGUAUCGGCUGGUUUCAUCAUUGGGAAAUAUCCCACUUAUUUCCCCUUAUUUCAUACUGUUAUAUUUUCCAUCUUAAUUCCUAUCAGAUGUUAUACAUUUUUUAAAAUUAGUUAUGAAUAUUUUUUGGCUGAUUUAUGUUAUUAUGUCAAUUUAUUAUUAAUGACAUUUAUUUGGAUUUUCCCUAAUUCUCCAACUUUAUUCAUAUCAGUAUUUUCAUUAUCAUUAGGAACUUUAUCAUUUGCUGUUAUUACAUGGAGAAAUUCUCUUGUUUUACAUUCAAUUGAAAAAACUACAAGUUCAUUUGUUCAUGUUAUGCCACCCGUCACUAUGUUUGUAUUAGUUCAUGAAUUACCCAAAGAUCAUAUCAAAGAAAGAUUCCCUGGUAUUGCAGCUGUGGAUAAUUGGGAUUUCUUUUAUGGUAUAUUCUGGACUUCAGUAUACUAUACUAUUUGGCAAGUUUCAUAUCAUUUCUUUAUCACUAUUAGAAAAAGAGAAAAGAUCGCUCAAGGUAAAGCUACAUCAUUAACAUUUUUAAAAAGAAGACAAAAACAUACAGUAUUAGGUAAAUUUGUUAAUUCAUUACCAACAGUUUGGUUACAAACUUUAGUAUUCACCUUCAUUCAAUUCUUUUAUCAAAUCUUAGCCAUGAUGUUAUGUCCAAUUUGGUUUAAGUAUAAACAUGCAUGUGGAGCAUUUGUAUUAUUCAUCUUUGUAUGGGCAAGUUAUAAUGGUGCCACCUAUUAUAUUGAUGUGUUUGGUAAACGAUUUGAAAAUGAAGUGGAUAGAUUAAGAAAUGAAAUUAAAAAUUUACAACAAGAGAAUGAAAAAUUACAAUUUUCUCCCUUAAAUAAACCUCAAUCGUUUAAUGAUGAUUUAAUUAAACCAUUGGAAAAUUUACCUGAAUCCGCCAUAGAAGAGUAAUUCAAAAUUCUUUAAAAAAUCAUAUCCUGUUUCAAUUCUAUAUUAUUAUUAUUCAUACUUUCACUUCCUAGGAGGAAGUGAGUCUUCAAAUGUAACCUAUUAUUUACUAUUAUUCUUCCUAUUCUUUACACACAUACCCUUUUACCGGACAGCUUCUUUUAUAUAGAUAGAAAAUAAGAAAACAUCCAUAUAAUCCCUUCAACAAUUGUAUACUU